AUGUGCGCCUCUUACCCUUCUCCUGGUGACGACAAGGUCACUCGGUGGGAGCUCUCGUCAGGCGACUCGUCGCCCCGGUCCGACACUUCUACCAACACGAACACUUUGUUCUCUUCACCUGGCUCACCCGCCGACACUGAGCUUUCUUUCCCUAGUGUCGGUCCCAAAGACGCGAAGAUCUCAUCCAAUCCUGGCCAGAUCGACAUUUCCAUCAUGCCUAGCAUCGCCAACCAUAUUCUUGUUGGGCAAACUGCAUUCACCCCUGGCCACAUUCGGGGCAUGGCAGAUGAGCUCCUGCAAUCACGGAAGACAGGAGAAUUCCCCAACACCACAUCUGCAGUCGAAGAUCCUCAAACCAUCGUGGAGGAUUACCAACUGCUUCAGCGGCUUCGCGACAUCAGGGGUGACCUCAUGCAGCCACCGCCAGAGAAGUAUACCGUCCUCAAGGUCGACAUUGCCCGUCGUAUCAAGGCCCGCGAUGAGGCCCAUGGAGGCUCAUCCAACCUUGAAGAGAUGGAUCACCGAGUCCAGAACUGGAUGAACUCCAUCAACAAGGAAGCGCGCAUGCUGGAGAUUACACAGGCGGCACUUCAGCGCAAGGGCAUCAACAACCCCACCCAAGACGACUUGGACGCCAUUGCCGAGGAGUUCAUGCAGAUCGCGGAGCGCACACUUCUCGACGUCGCCAACCCUCUGCGGAUGAACGCCACUCGGAUGGAGGGCAACAUCAGCCGCUUCGACAGUCAGCUCAAUGGAUUCGACGGUGCAAUGGCCGCGCAGCUCAAUGGUCUGGCAUCUCUGAACGAUGCUGUUAAUACAUCGAUGACCUCACAAAUCAGCACUCUCAACACCAUGCUGAGUUCCCAGAGCAACAGCUUCACUGGCUCUGUCAACAUGCUCAACACCGCCCUCGGCACUGUCACCACUGACUUACAUCAACUCACCUCUGCCUUGCCGGCAUUGAUCGUCACAGCAGUUCAGGCUGCAGUCCGCGAGCAGCUCGCUUCUGCCUCUAAUCAACACAGCCUCGACUCUCAGCACCAUGCGAACUUGGAGCGGCCACCUGGAUACGCCACAGCUACAUGGUCGCAACACCAGCAGCAGUCUGGUAGAGGAUUAUUCGCUGGAUUCGCACAUCCAACUCCCGCGACUGCUCAGGUCUUGAGACAGCAGCAGCACGAGCAAGACGCUCAUCUGAGCACAUCGCCCACCAAGUCGAAACUCAAGAAAUUCUUCCGGUGCAUCAUGGGCAAGGGCCGUUCAGAGAAGAAGGGGGACCACAAGGAAGCAAGAUUGGUAUGA